AUAUAGCGAGCUGACAUACAACUCACGUUGAAUUAUUUAUCUCUAUCACUUAUGAUAUUGUAUAUCUAAUAACUAAACAAAUUCAAUAUAGUUCUGGUUCUUCAAUUUUAUUUGCUAAGUAGUAAUAACUAUUGGUCAGCAUUUAAAUUUUAAAGCGUAAUCAUGUGGUUUAUAGAAAUUAUUGUAUGUUAUUAUUGUUUGCUUACGGUUAAUGUUGCGGGCUAUAAUAUUAAACUUUACGAUUUAUCACCAGCAAACCCAUCAACACGGCUUACUAAUCAUGCGAGAGAAUUGGUUGACAUGUGUUUUACAAAUAAUUCGAAUUCUGUGAUUAUAACUGAUGAUUUGUAUCGCAACGGCUAUAGAAAUGAAAAUCCGUCUGACGAAAAUGAUAAAAUUUCGUCAGUGAUUAUAAUUACCAGCGAUUUCGAGCCGAGUAAGAUCGCAGAGUUAAUACGUUCUUGGCCAACGUAUGUCUUACCAUUCGAAUCAAUUGAAAAACUGGACGCACUCAUUGAGAAGCUCAGAUCAUCGACAAUCUGGAGUGUGACGUCGAAAUUUUUAAUCCUCGAUACGACAAAAGAGCCACGUUGUGCAAAUGCUGGAAAAAUACUAGGAUUCUUGUGGAAAAUAGAUUUAUUGUUUUCGUAUUACAUGUGUUAUAAUAAUGAUAGAGAUUCGACGUUCAUUUAUACUCUAAAUCCAUUCACGAAUUACGCGCCACCACCGUGGGUCCAAGUAGAAGCAACUGACGAAUUUCGCGAUGAGGAAAAUAAAAAAUCAACUCUAUACAGUCUCCAAUACUCUGAAGAUGCAGAGGUUUGUGAAAAUAUAACUUUCGACAAGACGAAAUACCUGGACGGUCAUAAACUUAAAUUCUCAACCUUUGCUAAAUUGCCUAAUGAUACUAAUGAAAAGAUAAUAAAACAAAAGAAAGAAUUAUACAUCCAGAACUCAAUGAAAAAUAAAUACAUCAAUUUGUAUACUUCGUCUCCGUAUAUUAAUGCUACACCGACAAUAGAUUACAUUUCGACGAGUAAUCAAGAAGAAUCAAUUACAAAAGGUUACAUCACGGAAUUGGCUAAUAGCGAAUAUGAUGUUUAUGAUAAAUUACUUCAGUUAGCAGAUGUUAAUUAUAAGUAUACAGAUGUCAUAACACGAUACAGCGAAGCUAAAUAUUCUAUACUAACUCAAAAGACAAAUUAUUCAACAGCAAUGAGUGAACUAACGCUCAAUCUACAGUUACUUGCACUUACAGUUGUUGUAUUGGUAUUAAUAGCAUUGGUGAUAGUAAUUAAUAAUAGAUUUAAUAUCAGUGGAGCUAUUUUGGACGUGGUGAGAUUGUCCGCGGGCAUGGGGAUCAUGACGCCUUUGGACCGGUUAUCGAUGAGGAUCAUUUACUUUGUUGGUUUCUUAUUCAUAUUCCUAGUGAUGCCCGAGGUUCAAGGACAUAUAUCCGCAAUGUUAUCGAAACCAACUUCGCCUCGCAACAUGGAAACGUUAGCAGAUUUAUACAAUAAUAGUUACCAUAUAUUCUACGAUAGAAAAAUACACAAUGAUAUUGUUAAUGAAAAAUUGUGGAUUACUGAUGAAGAUCAAAAAUAUUUACACCCUUCGGAUCAGUCUUAUGUAAGAAACUGUACACUUCUAGCACGGAGAAAUUCAACUACUGCGUGCAUUUUUUUCACAAGUAUCCAAGUAAAUAAUGCUUUGAAAUUAAAGAAUCUACAUGUAUCGAAAGAUGCAGUAUUUAAAAAAUAUUUAGUUUUUUGGACGAGAAAGCAUUGGGCUUUAAAAGAUAAAUUGGAUAAGGCAGGUUUGAAGCCUAGGGAAAUGGGUUUCUUGAAUUAUUAUGAAGAUAAAUGGAUAAAUCGAAUAUCAAAAAAAUUAAAAAGGAAAAAUAAAAUUGAAGAAAAUCAACGCUAUGACCAGAUUGAUUGGGAAAAUUGGAUAUUCUAUUUCAUUAUAAUGAGUGUGACUUUACUCUGGAGCUUAUUUAUUUUUGGAAUGGAAAUACUCGUUCAUAAGUAUAAUGAAUUCUACCGACAGUUUCAAAUGCUGAAAAAAUUCGGAAGGAAAAAAAAGUCACUGAGAUCGUUGCCGAGGACUGUCUAUUUUUUCUGGGCGAAGGGUUCUUCUCUACAGCCGCAAGUUAUUUUGAAAUCAUUAAGUGUUAACCCAAAUGAACAUUUUGAACUCCGUUAAUUAUUAAUAAAACACUUUGUUCCAUUUGUAUUCACAUCACACACUGUUACCCAACUGCUGCAAUUUUUAAAUAAAUUCACUUAAAAUAAAAUUAUUCAAAUUUUACCUCAUAAAGUCUGUACCAGAGCCGCAUCCUCAAGCGCGUGGAAAAAGAGACUUUGCAUGACAAAUAGCGCGUCCAUUAGAUGUUACACAGGUAUGCACUACGAUGCGUUGAGAUAACAGCAACUAAUACGUAAUGAUUGAUUUUUAUGGAAAAUAUAUUUUUUUGCUAACAUCAAUAGUUGCUAUGGAUACUCUGUUUUUAUAUUUUUAUGAGCAUUAAAAGAUCGCUUGUACUAAAAAGUAUUCUGCUACUGAAGCGCAUAGACGUAUUUUAAAAAUUCUCUGGUGAUUAUUGAAUGUCGCGAUAUAGAACUGUGAUGAUGUGGCUUGAAAAAAUUAUUGUAUGUUAUUUUUGUUUGUUUACUUUUAAUGUUGCGUCCAGUAAUUUUAAAAUUUACGAUUCAUCGGCAACAAACCCAUCAACACGUCUUACUAGUCAUGCGAGAGAAUUAGUAGACAUGUGUUUAACAAAUAAUUCAAAUUCUGUGAUUAUAACUGAGGAUUUGUAUCGUAACGGCUAUAGAGAUGAAAAUCCGUCUGACGAAAAUGACAAAAUUUCGUCAGUGAUUAUAAUUACCAGCG